GCCAUAGCGCAGGACAGCACCACGCUCAUCAUUCGAGACGGUCACUACGGCUUUGACCCGUGCCGAGGGGAGCGCUGCAACUGGCAAAAUAUGCGAGUCGACUACAUCAUCUCAAACGAGUCCGCCAUUCUCUUUCGUCCGGAGCUGAGGGGCCUGGCAGCCAACAUGUCGCAAUCCAUGAAUGCGGGGGACUACGAUGCCGUGAGAGUGAGGAGGGGAGACAAGCUCAACACUGACAUGUGGCCGCAUGUGGCAAACGAUACGAGCCCUCCUGCCCUUUUGGAGAAGCUCCCCCGGUUCGUUGCACCUGGACGCACGCUGUACAUCGCGACGAAUGAGAAAACGCCCGGGUUCUUCGACCCGUUGAAGGCGGUCUUUGCGAUUCGGCAAUUUCGGGACUUCGACCACCUCUGGGCGCCUGGGACUCCCUGGUUUGAUGGAUACGCGCGAAUCCUGGGUCCGGAUCCCAAGCUCGACCCCUAUAUGGAG